CCGGUUCCGCCACCUCCGUGUCUUCUGGUUCCCGGAGUGGCGGCGGCGUCCUCGUCGACCUCUUUGCACUAUGUCCGGUGGCCUCCUGAAGGCGCUGCGCAGCGACUCUUAUGUGGAGCUGAGCCAGUACCGGGACCAGCACUUCCGGGGUGACAAUGAAGAACAGGAAAAAUUACUGAAGAAAAGCUGUACGUUGUAUGUUGGAAAUCUUUCCUUUUACACAACUGAAGAGCAAAUAUAUGAACUCUUCAGCAAAAGUGGUGACAUAAAGAAAAUCAUCAUGGGCCUAGAUAAAAUGAAGAAAACAGCAUGUGGUUUCUGCUUUGUGGAAUACUAUUCAAGAGCAGAUGCAGAAAAUGCCAUGCGGUACAUAAAUGGAACUCGUCUGGAUGACCGGAUCAUUCGCACAGACUGGGAUGCCGGCUUUAAGGAGGGCAGGCAGUAUGGCCGUGGACGGUCUGGAGGCCAGGUACGAGAUGAGUAUCGACAGGACUAUGAUGCUGGGAGAGGAGGCUAUGGAAAACUGGCCCAAAACCAGUGAGCAGUAAGAACUCCAUCAUGAAAAACUUACUCCUUUGGCCUACUGAAUUUAACGUACAUUACCCAAGGUCUGCAAACCUGCCAUUUUAAAAUCUUUGAUCAAUGUCUCUACUGAGCCAGAAGCCACUUCAUGGCUUUCCUCUGAAAAUUAUAUUAAAGGACAGAAUCCAAAAGAA